GUAUCUCACCCAAGAAGUUUGAGGUUGAAUUUGGGCACAAUCCAUUUACCUUCAUUUUUUCGCUCCCUAAUUCUUCUCUUCUCAUUACUUCCUUCCAAAGAGUAUAAUGAAGAAGACAAGUCGCCGAUCUAAGCAAUCGAGUCCAGUUCAUGCCCCAACUUCAGAGUCGAACGAAAAGCAAAUCUACGAGGAGAGGAUUCGCAGUCUCGAAACAGAAAAUAAAGCAUAUCAGAUUGAGAUUGCUGAACUAAGGCAACAACAACUGGGGAGUGAUUCGUCGGCUUCGAAGAAUGGAGUUGAAAAGCUUAAGCAGGAGUAUCUUCAGAAGCUGAACUUGCUAGAAGAUCAGGUUUCUGAAUUGAAGAUGAAACUGGGUACUCGGUCCCAGUUUUCAACUCAAAGAAAAAGGGUCGAUGAAUCAACUAAGCAGUUGCAAUUUGAGAUUCAAGGUUUGAAGGCUCAAAAGGUUCAACUGCAAUGUAAAAUCAAAUUAGAGUCUGUGCAAUUUAGAUUAUCCAAGGCUCUACUUGAAAAGGAGAUUCUUCAGCUUAAGAAAGAUGGAAGGAGGAACGAAAUCAAGACCCAAAGUUUGCUGGAUUCAAAUGAGAGGCUUAAAAUGGUAUUGCAGCGGAAGACAGAGGAAGCUUUUGCUGCUACUAAAAUUUUAAAAGACAUGAUAGCAACUCGAAAAGCUAUUUCACACAAAUCAGCUGGUGCUAGAAGUAGAAAUGAUAAACUAAUUCAGGAUGCCGAAGAAGAACUUGAUGUGACAACUAAGUUACACAAGUUAUGUUCACAAUAUGAAUCCAAAGUGGAAAAGAUGGCUGGAGAAAUUGUACAGCUGAAGGAAGAAAUUGAGAUGCUUAGGCAGGAAAAAUCAGGGCCUGAGUUACAGGAGGAAGAGUAUGACAACUUGGAGAAAGAUCAUGACAUUCAUGAUCUGAAAGAGCAAAUGAGCAGCCUUGAUUGUCUACUUAGGGAAUUACAAUCGCGAAAGGAAAAGAUUGAUGUCAAGGAUAAGAAGCAGGGAAACCUGGUUCUGUCUCAUCUCUCUGAAGAGACUAGUGACAAGACAAAAGUGGGUACACCUGAAAUGAGUAGUGCAAGUGAAAAUAGUGUUAAGACGGAGAGAACAACUGGAGGGCUCUGUUGUUCAUGCAGUAAGAAGUCGUUGUGCAAGACCAACAAAUGUAAAUGCCGAUCCAGCGGUGGGAGCUGUGGAGCAUCAUGUGGCUGCACUCGUUUUAAGUGCACAAAUAGGGAAUCAAACCAAUCAGCAGGAAACGAACCACUAAAAUCAAAUAACACAGAAUGUUCUUUGGACGAAGAUGGAAGUGUGAUUGCUUCUGAAUGUGCUAAACUACUCCAAAGUGCACUUGUUCAGAAACCAGCUAGUUGCAAGGACAACCCGGUGCCCAUAAAGAAGCCAUUACGUGACAUUCAGAACUCCAUGGUGAGAUUGGACGAUCAAAAGCAGGGAAAGAAAAAGAAAGCGCGAAAACCAGUAAUUCAGUUAGUCACCAGGGACCCAAUGUCUUCCCCUCCAGAAAAUAGCAGCAGUACAGAGAGUGAUCCAACUAGGUUUGACAAGAUGGCAAAACCAGAUACAGAGAAUGAUUCUGGCCAGUCAAAUGAAUUGGCUGCAUCCAUUACUAAUGCACCUGGAUUUCGUCGUUUAAGAAAUCCGUCCCGACAAGCCAAAUUUGUCGUUGGGAAAGAAAAGUUUUAGCAGCUGCAAGCAUUCCUUUGUUCUUCCAGAGCGUUGAAAAAUCAUGCCAAUGCUGAAUUGACAUUCCUUUGUUCUUACUGAGCGUUGAAAAAUCAUGCCAAUGCUGAAUUGACGGGUGCGGUUAGGUUGUUAAUUUGGAUCCUUUUUAACUCCAUAAUAACGUGGUUUCCUUAGAGAUCUCAUGGAAAUUAAAAUUAGUGGAGGAGUCAUAUAGCUCCUAUUUUUAAGGUUUUUCUUACAUUCAUUGUUUGCUUUUCUAUUGUAUGAAACCGCGAGUGUAAUGAUAAAAAUUCCUUGUGAUAAGACAGUCAGAGGCAUCUAAUUUGGUUUACUAACCAAGUGCUCCCUGAUGUCUUGAUUAACUUGUAUCAUAUACUUUUUUAAAGGCAUUUUACAAUGAAAUAUAAUUUU